CAAGAUUCAUGGGUUAAAGACGGGGUGUUCUGGUGGAUAGGGAACUGCCAACCAGCUCCAACUGGACAACAUCCAGAGAUUUUGGAAUCCUGUAACAUUCAAACCUCCAGAGGUAACCACAGUCUCAUAAAGAGGCCUAAUUGAGCUUCAUUUUUGUGAAGUCUAGAACAAGUAAAAACAUGUCUGAUUCAGAUGUGUCAGAUGCUCCUGCUCUGAUUUUUGACAAUGGUUCAGGCCUCUGUAAAGUAGGACUGUCUGGAGAAAAUGGACCCCGUCAUAUUAUCAGCUCAGUCGUGGGGCACCCAAAAUUCAAUAUACCUUCCUCAAAAGCCAAUCCGAAGAAGUACUUUGUUGGAGUUGAAGCUGUGAAGCAGUAUGAUUCUCUCUAUAUGCACUAUCCCAUUGAGCGUGGACUGAUAACAGGAUGGGAUGACAUGGAAAAACUUUGGAACUAUCUUUUUGAGGUGCAGCUUGGAAUGAAACCCAGUGAACAACCUCUACUCCUGACUGAGCCAUCCUUGAACCCAGGAGAGACCCGAGAGAGAACCACCGAAAUAAUGUUUGAGAAAUUCAGUGUUCCAGGUUUCUACUUGGCCAACCAUGCUGUGGUAGCGCUGUAUGCCUCUGCCUGUGUCACAGGCCUUGUGGUUGACAGUGGCGAAGGAGUUACUUGCACUGUCCCCAUCUUUGAGGGUUACAUGCUACCACAUGCAGUCACCAAACUCUGCGUGGCAGGAAGAGACAUCACAGAACAUAUUACCCGGCUCCUCCUUGCUAACGGGUGCACCUACCCAUGUAUUCUCAACAAGGCCGUGGUGGAUGACAUCAAGGAGAAGCUGUGCUACAUCAGCAUGGAUCCAGAGAAAGACCGUAGCAAGAAGAGUGAGGAGUUGGUGAGAAAAUACAAACUGCCAGAUGGGAAUGUCAUCCCCAUUGGAGAACAGUUGUCCCAAGUACCUGAGGUUCUUUUUUCACCUGAUCAACUGGGCAUAUGCAACCCAGGACUCUCAAAGAUGGUCUCCAGCAGCAUUAUGAAGUGUGACAUUGACAUCCAGAAGAACCUUUUUGCAGAGAUCGUGCUGAGUGGGGGCAACACUCUCUUCCCUGGACUGGAGGAAAGACUCAUGAAAGAAUUAGAGCUGCUGGCUUCCAAAGGAACCCCCAUCAGGAUCACGGCUUCUCCUGAUAGAUGCUACUCUUCGUGGCUUGGCUCAUCCAUUAUGACCUCCCUGAGCACUUUCAAGCAGAUGUGGAUUUCCUCUGCAGAAUACAAGGAGAUCGGCACCUCUGUGGUCCAGAGGAAAUGCUUUUAGAGAACACAGACUGAACACAAGAGACAUUUUGAAGUGCCACAUUACCAGAGCACUUCGGGGAGGAGAUAUGCCUCAUUUCCACCAUGAUGUUCAAUAAAAAUGUG